AUGAAUCUGAGUCUGCAUGGAAAAAAUAUAACGAUAAUAGGAGUAUAUGCAGUUAACGAUGAUACCCUAGUUAAAGACAAAGAGAAGUUCUUUGAGCAACUUUCCUAUGAAAUUUCAAAAAUAGGACAAUCCAGAGAAAUAAUACUGACAGGAGAUCUAAAUUCUAGGACAGGAAAGAAACUACAUGAUAAAAUAGUAGGCCAGUUCGGAGAAGCAAUUCUUAACGAUAAUGGAAAUAGACUUAUCAAUAUAUGCGAUCAAAAUAACCUCCGUAUUUUGAACGACUUUUUUCAGCACCAUGACAUACAUAAGUACACCUGGAUACAACAUUCUAGAAAUUUGAAAUCCGUCAUAAAUUAUGUGAUAGUCCGACAGUAUACAGCGUUAAAGAUUCAAGACGUACGAGUCUACAGACAUACUACAGACAUGUGGCAGUGA